AUGACGACGACGACGACGAUGGACUAUGGCGUCGUGGACCGCUUCUUCUGCAACGUCAUGGAGCUCAUCCCGAGCGCGCAGUACUUCCCGACCGAGCCCGAAGACAACUUCAAGCAGAGCAUGAACAAGAAGUACCACAAGGGCGUCAAGGCGCAGCAGAUUGCGGCGCUCGAGGACGCCGAGGACGAGCCCACCAAGCCGGUCGCGAAGCGCCUCAAGUUCAACCCGAAGCUCCAGCUCACGAACCAAGAGACGCAGCUCCACGAAAAGGAGAAGGAGGCUGCCAAGGCCGAGGCCUCGGACGACGAGGGCGAGCUCACGGGCCUCGAUG